UGGCUUCGAUUCAACUCACCUGUCAUAAGUUUGGGCUUGGCUGCAACUUUAAACUGAAGUCAAAGCUCAGGACAGACAGAAGAAAAGCAGUCAUGGGCGACGUGGUGCUGACAGCAGACCUCCCGGAACGCAGCAUGGGUUCAGUUAAACUCCAGCAGAAGGAGAGCAAUCUGAAGUCCACAGACGAGGAGAAGAAGAUUCAGGUGAAUGGAUCUCCAGAGACAGAAGGAGAAAAGGACAGCAGGAUCACCGAGGAAAGCAAGAUUCAAGAAGACCUCCAGGAAUCAGAGGACCCUCAGAAGCCCCAGGAUGAAGAGCAGGAGCUUGGACCAGAUGAGGUCACGUGCGACUCCUGCAUCGACCGGCCGUGCCGAGCCAAAAAGUCCUGCUUGACCUGCAUGGUGUCGUACUGCGAGGCUCACCUGAGACCGCACCUGGAGAACGUCAAGUUUCAGAGCCACAAGCUGGUGGAGCCGCUGCGGGACAUCGAGAGACGGACGUGUGAGACUCACCGCGGGCCGCUCGAGCUGUACUGCUGCGCGGACGCGCGCUGCUUGUGUCAGGAGUGCGCGUCAGAGGAGCACCGCGGACACAACGCCGUGCCCAUCACUGAGGCGCGCAGGAAAAUAGAGAAAGAGCUUCAUGACAAACAGACGGACAUGAUGAAGACGGUCACAGCAGCAGAAAACGCCAUCAACAAGUUACAGGUCAACACGGUGUCUAUAGAGGCGUCUGUGAAGGAGGUGCGAGGAGUGAUCGAGGAGCAGUUCGACACGCUGCUGUCGGCCGUGGAGCAGGUGAAGAAGGAAGUGAGCGAGAUCCUGGAGGCGGAGGAGCGGCAGGCGCUGCGGCAGGCCGAGGGAAUCCGAGUUCAUCUGGAGCAGCGCUGCACUGAACUAAAGAAAACCCAGAGUCGAGUCGAGAAAAUCACCAAGAACAAACAUGACAUUGACUUCCUGCAGGAGUAUUCAGAGUGGAAAAAGGAAGCUGUUGAUGUGUCUUUACCUGGUGUUUAUAUCGGCCUCAUGGAUCGACUGCAGUUGUUCAGUCGUGUUGUCAAACAGUCCACGAAAGAGAUGUGCGCCAACCUGCUGACCUCGUACACCAACAAACUCAAAGACACCUGUAAAAACGAUAACAUGGGCAUAAAGACGACGGUUUAUGCCAUGAUCGCUGCGAGACAGAACAUGUCAAUCUCGAAUCCGAAGACCAGAGACGAGUUCCUCAAAUACGUCACGCCUCUGAGCCUCGACGGAGAUACGGCUCAUCAGUUCCUGCGUCUGACAGAAGAACGGAAGAAGGUCACGAACACGACGCCGUGGCAGCACAGCUAUGCGGAGCUUCCCGAGCGCUUCGAGCACUUCAAACAGGUGCUGACGGUCGAAAGCUUCUACCUGGGACGCCACUAUUUCGAGGUGGACAUGAGAGGAGAGGGCACUCACGUCGGCCUGACGUACAAGAGCAUCGACCGCAAGGGCUCCGAGAGCAACUGCUGCAUCACGGGAAACAACUUCUCCUGGUGUCUGCAGUGGAACGGACGCAGCUUCUCCGCGUGGCACAGUGAUGUGGAGACGCCGCUCAGCAGCCCUAAAGCCACACGGAUCGGCGUGUACGUGGAUUACUCCGGCGGCGAGCUGGCGUUCUAUGACGUGGAGAACGACAUGAUGCUCAUCCACAAGUUCCAGGCUCAGUUUCUGGAGCCGCUUUACCCUGCGUUCUGGCUUCCCAAGAAGGAGAACGUGGUUCUUCUGGAGCCCACAGGAGCAUCAUCAUCUCUGAGGACCCCGUCUCCUGUUUCCUCUCCAAAAUAAACUGCUUUUGCUCCACAGCAUUUCCUUAGUAUAAUGUCUCGUUCAUAAGAGAUCAUAAGAGAUCUAAACUGAUAUUAAAGUUGUAUGACUGCUUUAGUGCAUUUAUAUUAAAAUACCUCUAGAAAAAUA